UCGGAGCAGUUGAGUUGGCGUCUAGAGAACAUUUGGCUUAAACCCUUAACACCGGUGGACUGAAAGCAUUGUGUGUGUGUGUGUGAGAGUGGUUUUUGUUGUUAUUGUGGUCUGUGCAUUGUGUGUGCCUUAGUUUUUCUUUGUGCGUGUUAGCCGAAGUGAUAAAGGACCAAGUGUUUGAGGUUUCGAGAUCUUUCGGACGAGUUUCGGUGGAAAGCGAGCAGUAAAACAAAAAUCGUGGUGCGUAGUUGCGGGGACGUGUUUGGGAUUCAUAAUGAUGCCUCACUUCUCCCGUUCGGAUCUGCGCCAUUUGUGGCACGAUCUUGCCUGUGGCCAUCUCGGCGACAUCAGCUUCGUACUGGAUGACGGGUCACACCUGGGAAUGCACCAGUAUGUAAUGGCGAUCUUAACGCCGGAAAUGCUUUUGUUCAGCUAUGGUUUGGGCUCGAUCGUGUCCGGUGCGACAAUCAUUCGCCUGCGCUACGUACGGCGCGACAACUUUCUGAUGCUGCGUCGCCUCAUCUACUACGGCAGAUUGACCGUCGUAGGAUCGAGACUCUUUUCCCUGGUGGCUGACGGCAUGAUGCUGAAGGUGUUCAACCGGCGGAUGAUGGAACAGGCGCUCCGUGUUUUUCGCUCCUACUCUCAAUUCUUCGUGCUGUACAGAAACGUUCAGCACGAUCCGUUGGUGAUUGAAUACUCCAAUUUCAGGAACGUAGGCCCAGACAUCCGCAGCGAGCAGCUAGUGCCGGGAGGGGCGACCCAGGAAGCCGCUAGAAUGCGCGGUACUGUGCCGGACCAGGCAGUGGUUCCGGAUACGCUCGAGAUCGAGGCGGACCUCGACUCGGAGAUGGCGGAUUUCAGCAGCGUGACUGAUUCACCCCAGUACGAGGAUGAUAGUGCGAUGGAUACUGAUGCUACGUCUCCGGUUACUGAUGAUCCUGAUGGUUCGGACGAGGAAGCAUCCAGCUCGUCCUCCGGCGAGUAUCAUACAGCUCGCUCGUCACCGAUCGAGUUCGAGCACCAAAUGCAGCAGUACCUGGAGGAACUGAUCGAUCAAACCCCGUCCAACGAAAGCACAUCCAGUACGUCCAGCAGCGAGAACGUGAUUACGGCGAAGAUUAACGUCCGUGCCUUUCCGGAUGCCAAGAUUGACACUGACGAAUCGGACGACGAACAGUCGACGGAGGCCGAGUACCUAACCGAGGACAGUGACGAUCUGUGCGACACACCGCCCGGCGGUAAGAGGCUCAAGUUGAUGGACGAUCAUACCGAGCAUGUCGUACCGUUGGGGACCGCUGCAGCCAUCGGUGAAGCUGACCUGACACCUGACCCGAAACAAGAUUGCAAGGGACAGGACAACCUGGGCUAUCAAUCAUCCAACGCUGGUGGAAGCCAAAACCUCUACGAUCAAACCGACGGUUCAUCGUCUGCGGCACGUUCGCUUACUGAUAGGCUGGUGGAGGCGGUGCGUUCUCACAACCCGGGCGAUCAGGGCAACCCUGGCAAUAAUGGCAACGUGCAGGAACAGCAUGCGGCCCAAGACGUCAUGUACGCCAGGCGUAGCCUUCCGCUGCCCUUAAUACAGGAGCCGCUGCCGGACAUUGCCGAGGAACUGGAUUGGGAUGAAGAUUUGUAAGAACCGUACCCAGUGCUGCCACGAUCAGGACAACCACCUACGUACGGCUGUCCAUAUUGGUGUUGGGUCAAGCUGCUAGGGAAGCGAAACAAUGUUGCAGUGGAAGUUUGUUUCGCUUUCGGCCCACCACUCGGCCCUAGCACACGCAAAAAACUACACGAUUUCGGGCCUUUCCUGAGUUUUGCGACUUCGUGUGUCUAGUUUAACCUUAAGACGCUUACAAACCAUUGUGUAGCAGAAUAGUACUAUACCCCUUAAUCAACUACAGUGAUCGCUUGUGCCAAGGAAAUGAUAUAAGAGUACCCAGGGAGUGUACAUCAUGUAUUAUAACUCUUUCUUUAAAACAUUGAAAGCGGGUUUUUUUCUGCGGUGAGCGCUCUUUCAUACAAUGUCUAAAUUCUACAAUAGUGAUUCAAAAUUCAAAUUGCACAAUUUUCGGCGCCAACACGAUAGUAUUGGUCAGUUCAACCAUCGAACAAAGCAGUCCAUUGUAGAAAGUAAGCGUAUGUACUUAAAGGCGAAGAUACCCAGGUUAGUGUUGAACAGAGUAUAGCCGAUGCCCGAGACAACUCUUUUCCUUGAACAACAUUCAGCUGGGGCAACAGUGAUACGAGAAGCAUGUUUUAUUUUUCUCUCUAGAUGAUUAAAACUUAAAAUAUGCGUAUUUACCAAGAUAAUGAUACCGUGAAGUAUUAACGAAAAUCAGUUCCUUAACAUCAGAGAACAAUUGGCUUAAAGUUGAUUUUUUUUUCCUUCAUCUGAAUGAUGAAAUCGUUCAAAAUUCAAUAAUUAAUUUAAAUGAAUAUGUUCCUUUCGGCUUAAGAGAUUGAAAGCUUCUUCAUCUGCAUAUAGUUUUGAAUUGGAUAACAAAAAAUGAUUGCAACAUGGCAAACGAUUAAAAAGUUGUACAAGCAAACAUCACGCAGCAUUGAUUUCAUAAGCAUAAGAAUACAGUCUGAUACGUAACCGAGUAACCGUAGACGGAAAUCGUGUUUAAAACGAUUGAAACUUAACAAACGAACAUCAAGUUAAGAACUUUUUUAUGUAAACACAAACGAGUUACUAUUUGCAGCGUACGGUUUUGCUAGUGCAGACUUAAAUGCGUAGCGAGUGCUAUGCCAGUAUACACAACACACACACACAAACACACCAUGAAGUAACAAAUCGAUUAAAUGUUUUAUGAAGAUUGAAAAGGGCAUCAAUGGUCGACUAUAGUAAGUAGUGUAAAAGGUAGAUUUAUAAAAAUGGUUCCCCGACGUAAACAAAAAAACCUUUCCAAGCUCGUGAAACGUUUUCCAAGGAGGGAAAUGAAUGGGAAUGGUUUAGGAAACAUAUUUUUUGGCAAACAAAUUGAUUGGAAAUGGUCUUAUCUUUUGGUAAAACAAACUAAGGCAAAAUUAUUUCAACUACACCUAAAAAAACUCUCACCAGAAAACCACUGGAUAGUGAGAUGAUUCGGAAACAGAAUUAAUAGAACAAAAUUUGUCUAAUUUUUUUUCUGCAAAUUAUUGAAACUCUAAUCAAACGUUACCGUAAGGAAGAGCGAAUCGGAAAGUGGAACCGAUAGUUUGUAAGACGAAGCAAAAGCGAGCUGUGCAUUGAAUAUCAAAAUGUUCCCGAUGGUUAUAGCAUUAAGUCACUGAAGUGAUGUCAUGUCGCGGAAUCAAAUGUUGGUUAUUCGAUUUGGAAAAAUAUUUUUCCUGUUGGCAACUGUUCCUUAACAAGCUAAAUUGUUCAAAAAAUUAGUGUUCAAAAUUUUCAGUCAAACAAAAACCAGGGUUGUUGGGAACGUAAGAAAUUUGUUUCGGAAUUGUUAUCAGCUUAGGCAAGCGAAAUCGGACGAAACCAGUUUAAUUACACCUCAAAAUUAAACAUCCAUACAUGACAUCAACUUUUUA